AUGGGCCUGAGCGACGACAAGGAUCGCAUUGUGAUAAACGUGGGAGGGAUCAGACAUCAGACAUACCGCAGCACCCUGCGCACUCUACCUGGCACUCGCUUGUCCUGGCUGGCCGAGCCUGAUGCACCCAACCACUUUGACUAUGAUGCCAAGAUCGAGGAAUUUUUCUUCGACCGCCACCCUGGCGUUUUUGCACAUAUCCUUAAUUAUUACAGGACAGGUAAGCUGCACUGCCCGGCUGAUGUCUGCGGGCCGCUCUAUGAGGAGGAACUGGCCUUCUGGGGCAUUGAUGAGACAGACGUGGAGCCAUGCUGCUGGAUGACCUAUCGCCAGCACCGGGAGGCUGAGGAGGCUCUUGAUAGUUUCGGCGGGGGGGGCCUGUUAGACCUGGGGAACGAUGAUCAGGAGCCUGAGCAGGAGCACGCUGAGGAUGAUGUGGAUGAGAUGACAAGGAGGCUGGCACAGGGAGACUCUCCUGAUACCAGGAGUGGAAGCCUGUGGAGCCGGUGGCAGAAGCGUGUGUGGGCUCUGUUUGAGGACCCUUACUCCUCUAAAUAUGCAAGGUGGGUGGCUCUGGCCUCGCUGUUCUUUAUUCUGGUGUCCAUCACCACCUUCUGUCUGGAGACUCACGAGGCCUUCAACCCCAUCAUCAACCGCACUGAGGUGGAGCUGGUGGACAAUGUCACAGUGGAGAGCACCUACCAGGAGACCGAGACUGCGGCCUACCUCACCUACAUCGAAGGCGUCUGUGUGGUGUGGUUCACGUUUGAAUUUCUAAUGCGAAUAACUUUCUGCCCAAAUAAGUUUGAUUUCAUUCGGAACGCCCUGAACAUCAUCGACUUUGUGGCCAUCCUGCCCUUCUACCUGGAGGUGGGCCUCAGCGGGCUCUCUUCCAAGGCAGCUAAGGACGUGCUGGGUUUCCUGAGAGUGGUUCGCUUUGUGCGGAUCCUGCGUAUCUUCAAGCUGACCCGUCACUUUGUGGGGCUGAGGGUGCUGGGCCACACGCUGAGGGCCAGCACCAACGAGUUCCUGCUCCUCAUCAUCUUCCUUGCUCUUGGUGUCCUUAUCUUUGCUACUAUGAUCUACUACGCUGAACGGAUUGGCGCUAACCCCAACGACCCACGAGCCAGCGAGCACACGCACUUCAAGAACAUCCCGAUUGGAUUCUGGUGGGCGGUGGUGACCAUGACGACCCUCGGCUAUGGAGACAUGUACCCUCAGACGACCUCCGGUAUGCUGGUUGGAGCUCUGUGCGCCCUGGCAGGUGUGCUGACCAUCGCCAUGCCCGUCCCUGUGAUUGUCAACAACUUUGGAAUGUAUUACUCCCUGGCCAUGGCAAAACAGAAACUACCAAAGAAAAAAAAUAGGCAUAUCCCUCGGGCACCCCAACCAGGUUCUCCUAACUUCUGUAAGGCAAGCAUCACAUCUCAGCAUCCGAGCCCCAUUGCCCAUGACGACGUUUUCGAGAUAAAAUUUCAAGAUUCCAAGCUUAACGGUGAGGCAGCUAACGCAGCUCUGGCCAAUGAAGAUUGCCCUCACAUAGACCAGGCCAUAUCUCCGGAGGAAAUCUUCAGCCCCAGCGAGAGAGAGCGGCCCUGCUUCCUGGUCACGACUGCUGAACGCCCCAACCACACAGGGGGCAGAGUGAGGAGGGAGACCCAACGACAGCACCGGAGCAGACAACCAACAGAGUCAGUUUGUGUUAUGAACCAUGGUGUACCAACCACUAUGUGUAUGACCCAUAAUGGCCCAUCACCCACCUGAUAGUGCUGUAGCAUUGUUGUGUGUAUUAGUAUUUUUAAAUGGUGUGACAGUGACAACCUGUACAUCACAAACUCAGCAUAGAUGUAGCACUGAGAAAGUUUUGUUGUCAAGCCUUAUGUAGCUCAGUAUCUGUGACUGGUUACUGUGUUGUAAUUUGUGUGCCUAUUUUCGGUGUGUGCCAGUGCUGUAAAUACGCUUUUUAUGUGUGCUCAAGUUGUGUGUACCAAUGUUUUUGAGUGAUCAUCAAAUAUCUGUGUGCUUCUUCUGUUGAAAGAAAAAAAAAUGUUGCUCCGAUUUCAAUCCCACCCCCCCCUUCAGCAAAAACCUGUCACUCCCGUCCCGUCAGCCAGACUCAACAGUUGAGAGCAAGUCGAUAACUUUGCACUGUCAUGGUCACAUCUUUGUAGACUUUUGCACUGUUUUGCACCAGUGAACUUUUAACAUUUCUUUGAUAUGUUUUCAGGCAUCAGAGAGAUAACAUCCACAAAAAGAAAUGGAAAAAAGAGUCAUGCUUUAAAAAAAACACAACAAAAAAAAAACACAACAAAAAAAAAACAACACCACUCUUACCUUGUAUUAAUGAGGCAUUAAAAUGGCAAGCUGUGCUGUUAAGAAUGGUAAAUAAUAAGUCCGAAAAUCUAAUGAAGGGUUGUUUAGAAAGAAAUAACAGAUACUUAACAAUAAUUGAAUGUCGAUCUUCAUAUUCAGUUGUACUUUGAUUAACAAAGACAGCUGAUAUAUAAAUACAUUAUUUCAUAUCACACCUCAGGCAUUGUCAGUUUUCUGUAGUACUUUAGUUUCGUAUUAAUAGUUUGACAAUCAUGUAGAAUUGGAUUUUUUCUCUUUUUCUGCACACAUGUAAAUUGGUAUAUUAGUAUGUAAUACUAAGUAAUGCCAAACCAUUAUCACCAUCACACUGGACAAGUGCCUAUGUUAUAUAAAUUGUUCUUACCAUUCAGGAGUAUAUCGCUUAAACAACACAUUGACCUAAUGCACAUUUAUUUUAAAUUAGCCAUAAGUCACUAGCCAUCGAAAAGAAGCAUCAGUUCUGAACUCAAAAGCACACAAUAAGGACCCCCUUACGGAUCAGCAUCUAAAGGCAAGCAAUGAGCAUUACCUAGUUAAAAACCGAAAGGAAAAACCACUGAGGACAAAGCAUAGAUUCAUUGUUUGUGUGGAAAAGUUAGUGAGAAGGGACCAACUUUUUACCAAACAACUGCAAACACACUGCCAACAACUCGCCGAGAUCUGCGUGCAGUCAGGUACAGCAGAUCUGAAUCUGCCUACAGAGCUGAGCAAAAGCAGAAGGGGUACAGUGUGCUGGUCUAUAUCCGACACGGAAUUAAAUAAAAAAUAACAACAAUAAAACAGCAGCUGUUAUCGUGAAACGGGAAUCAACAAGGCAAAUAAGAGGCAACUACUGCGUGCCGUUUAGUGAGAUUUCAGAGUGUGUGUUUCGAACACCGUGCAUUUUGUGGUUAGUUAUCUCAGUAAGGUGUUCAGUGAUCGUUUUUGAUUGGUUUGUUGUUUAGGGAUUUUUUGUGUCUUUUUUGACCAAUACAGUUCAGACUUGUACAAUAAAUAGUGAUAAAUAAAAAAAACACAGAAAUGAU